AUGAAAGCACGACGAGCCAGAGGUGGAGUCCAGGGGCUGACGCCCUUGGCCGGCGGCUCGGAGGUGGCAGCGGGAGCACAAGGCCUCGCUUGCCGCCUUGGGAAGAUGCACAUCCCGCAGGCCCAGGGGCAGCUGCGGGUCUCUUGCACUGGAGAAACGCGAGAAAGCGUCCCGGCCGGGGAAGGCUCAGGCCCAAGUCCCACCAUCCUAAAGCUACUCAGCGUCCCCCCCGUGGCAGAGGGGUUGUGUUGGUUGUGUUUUCUUGUAAAAGUUGGAAGAUCCUGUAAAUUAACUGCUAGCAUUUCAUUUGUUUUCUUUUUAAUAGGGAUUCCAGCUCCAGUGGUCUACUUUGUGGAUUAUGUCACCAACUCCAUAUAUCUUGAAGACAUUGUAGGCUCAGUAACUGUUCAAGACCAUAUUAAUUCUGUACAAGGGAGUGGAAAUGAUAGUAGUAACCUCCUUGUGUUAGCAGAGAAGAUGGGUGAGCUGUUAGCAAGAAUGCACGAUGAAGACAUUAUACAUGGGGACCUUACAACUGCCAAUAUACUUCUGCGGCCGCCCACAGAGAAACUGGACUUGGUGCUGAUAGACUUUGGACUCAGUUUUGUGUCAGGUCUUCCAGAGGAUAAAGGAGUUGAUUUGUAUGUUCUAGAAAAAGUCUUCCUUAGCACUCAUCCAGAUACUGAAGCAGUGUUUAAAGCUCUGCUAAAGACUUAUGCAGCUAAAUCUAAAAAAUCUGGUCCUGUGAUCAAAAGGCUGAAUGAAGUACGGCUAAGGGGAAGGAAGAGAUCCAUGAUUGGGUAGAAGAGAGUGGGCUUAGGGAUGGAGAAAUGUCAGUGCUUAAGUUCUGCAAAUAUGGUUAUUUAUAUUUCCAGUUGGUUUUACUUCACAGAUUGCUAUUUUGAUAACUGUCUUCAAAUAAAUACAUUUGAAUGAGUUGUGUCAUAAAGUAA